UCACAACGAAAGCAGAGCGUUUCCAGAGUUUGAACCUUAAUCCUUCAGAACUGGCUGUGAUGAAGGCCAGGAUCCUUUCUCCCGCUACAAGGACUAAAAUGGUCCUGGGAUCCACUCCUAAUUUGGAUAAGAAAAUUCAGACCAAAACCAGCCUGAAUAUGAGUAAGACUAGUAAAAAGAUGAAAAUAAUGAAGACCAUGGUUAAAUUAGACACUCAGUAUUAUGCAAACUUGAUCACCUCAGCAGACACAUUAGGAAAAUGAGACGAACAACAAGAGCAGAGUAGUCAAAAGAAAAAGCGUCCGAAAAAGAAGUCUAUUUACCCUGCCCAGAACUUUAAAGUCAAGCAAGAUUCAACAGAGACCAAUACGAGGCCAAAGAAUUCAGCGAGAAAGACUCAGUCUCCUUUACAGUCAAAGAUCGACACACUUCGGUCUAGAAGCAGAAAGCAGAAAGAAAUCUUCUCAAAAUUUAACUUAAAAGCAAAUAUUUGCGGAGUCAACUUAAAAUAAUCUGGGUAGUGACAUCGAAAUGGUUCAGGAUAUUCUGGUAGGAAUUAUGGCGUGUGAAGCAGAUCCUUACUUACAACCACUUAUGACAAACACGAGAGCAGUAAAGCCUAGUCCCAAAAAUGUUUGUAAAACUUAUAAGCUCAGUAAUAAAAAGCAGGGUAAAGGUACCAAACGAGAGAGAAAUUGAUGGAAAUCAACUGAAAGGACAAUGACCUUCAAGAACCGAUCUACAAGAGCGACAAGCAAUCUUAACUUUAAAUCAAGUAAUCCUAAGUUAUAUACUCUAAAUACUCAUCGAACGACAAGGAGUAAGUAUUGAGAGACUUUCAAGAGCUCUAAGGAGUAACCAUUGCUGUACAUAAAUAAUUCAAAAAUGAAUAACUUAAUA